AUGUUCUCCCUCCGGACUGCACGCCCUGCGCAGUCUGUCCUGCGAAGCGUCGCCAGCUCUUCGUCAUGCCUCUCUCGCGCCUCAGGAGGCGUUAGAUGCAUGGCUACCGUCCAGUCGGAUAUCUUCAAGCCAACCAAGUAUGGCGGCAAAUAUACAGUAACGUUGAUCCCUGGUGAUGGUAUUGGUGUGGAAGUUGCGGAGUCCGUCAAGACCAUUUUCAAGGCCGACAACGUCCCCAUCGAGUGGGAGCAGGUUGAUGUCAGUGGUGUUGACUCUGGAAACAAGCACUCCGAGGACCUCUUCAGGGAGUCGAUCGCAUCUCUGCGCCGAAACAAGCUCGGACUUAAGGGAAUCCUACACACCCCCAUUGAAAGAUCCGGCCACCAGUCUUUCAACGUUGCCCUUAGACAGGAAUUGGACAUCUAUGCCUCUAUCGUCUUGAUCAAGAACAUCCCCGGCUACCAGACCCGCCACGACAAUGUCGAUCUCUGCAUCAUCCGUGAAAACACCGAAGGUGAAUACUCUGGCCUAGAGCACCAGCCUGUCAACGGAGUUGUCGAAUCCCUCAAAAUCAUCACCCGUGCCAAAUCAGAGCGCAUUGCUAAGUUCGCAUUCAGCUUUGCUCUUGCCAACAACCGCAAGAAGGUCACCUAUGUUGCCGUUUUCGAGCCCGGCUGCCGUCACGUCGGUCUUGAUAUUCAGGGUAAGGACCAGGCUAACCCAACUGCCUUGAUCCUCUCUGGUUCCAUGCUCCUCCGUCACCUCGGAUUAGACGACCACGCCAACCGCAUCUCCAAGGCUGUCUACGACGUCAUCGGUGAAGGUGCCGUUCGCACUCGUGACAUGGGUGGCCGUGCCACUACCCACGAGUUCACCCGAGCCGUCCUCGACAAGAUGGAGGCCCAGCUCUAA